UAUUAGCGCUGGAAACACCCGCACGUGCUCAGCAUUGGCGCUGAAAUUCCACCAUCGUCCAGCAGCUACCGGAUUAAUUUGAUUCCUGAACGCGAUGGAUUACUUCCAGAAAUUCCUAAGACCCGGUACUCAACCUGCACCAAAGGAAGUCCCAGACUAUACUCAAGAAUUCACCAAAUCCUGGAAUUUCGUCAAGAACACUCUUCAGCAUCCAGAUGAACGUCAGCUAGCAAGGGGAAUUAAAUCUACAGAUGUUCCAGCACAUUUGCAAACUAUGGUCAACAGCCUCGUUACAGAGUCUACCCGGAUCGACGAGGGUACAACUGGUGGAUGUCUUGAAUAUCUCCUAAAGAACGAUGUCCUCGGCACACUCGUUCGUUUGAGCGAAGCAGACAGGCCCUUCGGCAUUCAAGCUGAGGUUCUUCGUGCGGUCCAAAAUAUGGUCGUUCUACUAGACGAGCAAUUCCUUGUCCACUCUGCCGUUCAUAAAGCAGUCCUUAGACUACUCCGUAACUGUGCGGGAGAUGAUCUACAUGAGCAGCUUGAUGGUCGACAUAAGAAAGUUAUGGGUGCAGCUGGCAACGCUGUUCAAACACAACCUUCAGAAUUCGAGGAAGAUCUGGUUAAUCUCUUGUGCAUUCUGUGCAGCCGCAUACGCACAUUUCGUGAACUUCUCAUGAUUUUCUUUCAUGAUAAGCACUGGUACAGAUCAGAACCUCUAUUCUCUCUAGAGGAACAGGAUGAAGAUGAAGAAGAGGAAGAUGAAGAGGAAAGCAUUGCGAAUGCCGUGGCCGAACCUCAUCGUCCAUCUUCCCCUACGCCCUCACAAACCACAGUAACAUCUAUGCCAGUGUCUUCAGUGGCGACCAAAAAACCGGAAUACGAAUUUUUAUUAUUCAAUUACUUACUGCGAUUCGGUCAUCGCGAAGGCCAGAUCGGCGAGUUCGCUCGCGCUGGUUUACUUUUACUGAUGGACGUUGCCAUGUCUCCCGGAGAGCCUGUUCACCGUCUCACUGGAGAAGAAACCUCAUCAGAAGCUACCGCAGAUCCUAUAACAGAUGCAGCACUCGCAUUAGCGGAAUACAUCCUUGAUGGUGAUUUCUCCGAAGUUUUGGGCGCUGGUCUAGGCGCAGUGUAUUCCAUGUUGCCCUCCAAACUCGAAUUCAGACCGCCUACCAACGCAGAUCGCUCACAAGAGACUGGAAUGGUCAUAGGAAGCAUGUGGCUCGAAACAGAGGACGAGAAGGAAGUGCUGGAAGUUUUCCGGACAAAAUCAUGGGCAAUGGGAGUCGAAGAUGCCAACAGUCCCGAUUUCAAAUCCAGGCUGGACCAUUUCUUGAAAAUGCUCGAAUUCAUUCAGGAUGUUUUACGACGAAAUAUAAUCCAGGAGGAUGUGGACGCGUCUUCUCUUGUUGGUACCGCAAUCGUGAACUCCAUCCUGGAUGCAGUUCGCCGGAUAUUUUUGGAGAAUGUUCUAUAUCCAACUAUCCUUGAAUGCUCAGACGCUGAUGGUAGUGCCGUUGCAGUCAUGUCGUACAUCGAUAUCAUGAUCCGCACUCUACAGGACGGCCAGUUAGCAGAUCUUUUGGUCGACUUCCUCAUUAGUGAGGAUAACGAGGAAGUUAGACCACGUCCUCGCCCUCAAUCCCUCAUGAUGUUAAACAAUGCUCCUCCUCAGUCUAGCUCUGCUAUUGCCGAAAAGGAGACCAAAAGUAGACGUCGGAAGAGUAGUGCGAUGGCUCUCCUAGAGAUAGAAGCCCCUGAGACUCGGAAACAAUCGGAAUACUUCACUGCUAUGGCUCGAUUCACGUUGAAGGAUCUGAUACUUUCUAAUUUACGAUCUGCGUCUCAACCUACAUCAACAGCUGCUUUACAGUUGUUGCAAGCCAUGCUUCUACAACACCCCCAUCUUUGUACUGACAAACUCCUCAUAGUGGUUGCAGACCCUUUAGCCACCGCAUUCCCACACCCUAUAUUGAUAACUAGCAAAUCUAGAAAAGACGAGAAUGACGACGAAGAAGAAACCUUUAUAUACCCUGGUAUCGGGGAAGAGAAAAAGAGUCCUAUAUCUGGCGAACCCUUGUUCCCUCAACCCGAUACGACAUUUUCUACUCACGAACGGGAGAUGGAUCUUUAUCUUGCGCUCGUUUCAAGGGUGGAUCCUUCACAUAACUCUGAUCCAUUCAGCACUGGAUAUGAUAACUAUCUGCGGGACGCUUUCUUCUCCGUCCAAGAUCAGCCUGCGUAUCAACUGGAUGACAUUGACAGAGUGGACACAGAGGCACGACAAAAGGCCAAACACCGUAUAAACGUGAACGACCCCAUCAUUUCUACUGUCCUCGAAUCUCUUCGCCGAUUUUUCUCCAACACUCCUGAACACAAUAUCGCUCUAACCGGUGUAUUGUCCACCUUGGCUAUUCAUCCUGACCGAUCCCUCGCUGGGUGGCUGACAUUCGCUUCGAACGACUCUACUCCGAGCAACAAUGAUGACAUUGACGCAGGACUUGACGCCAAUAGUGAUGGUGACGACCGUUCCAUCGAUUAUCGUAUUGAGGAAAAACUCGCCAACAACGAUAGCUUUCUGCCGGCGUCUAGCAUGGACGAGAAAUCGCGUCCCGUCGUGCAUGCUAUAUUUCAUGGUCUCGUCGCUCAGCUGGAACGUUAUCGUCGUAGUGUGGACAAUUUUGACCGAUUCCUGCUUGAGCGUCGCCAGGGCCUUUUGUUCUCUGAGAAUCUAUCGGAUGCGCUAACACUUGCCAUUGAGAUUAAUGAAAAUACUCCCAGACUCCCUUCGCUCUCCGAUGUAGUUCAGCAUUCUAAACCAAAGCCAAGGCAAUCAACUUCUUCGAGUCUCGUGUCUCUCUUUACACCAAAGAGGAACAAGUCCAAGUCUGCAAUGGCACCGCUGCCUUCCACACCGCCAAAGAAAAAGGACACUAACAAAACUUUCUCUGAGAGUCCAUUUGCGCCUCAUUACCAGAAGACUGGAGCAAUCGUAGUCGAGCCUUUCGUGGCACCUGUUCCCGCUUCCAGUCCAUGGACGCCCGUCAAAACGCCACGCAAAUGGAAUCCAGACGAGGAGGAUGUGUUUGGUGCUGGCUGGAGCGAAAGGACACCAGCUCACACGACUCAAGAUGAUUCUGACGAGGAAGAGAGCGAGAAGAAAACCACAACGGUGACGCUUUCGAGGUUGCUGGACAACGUCGUGAUUUUAGAAGAGAGCAUCAAAGAGCUCGUUGCAAUUAUUCAUGCCCGUCGAAGUUUAGGAAUAGACUCUGUAAGAUACCUUUAGGAUUUCAUAAUUGGAGUCUUUGAUUAUACCUCAUGUCAUAUCACAUAUCUACGCAUAUCGUUUUUCGAAAUAUCUGGAUCACAGGAUAUAUGUACAUACAAUGAUACAUACAAAAUAAUCAAAAC